AAUGUUACAUUUACGUCUUUUUAGGUCAAGUGUUAAGAGAGAUAGAGUUGAAUUUCCUCUUUCAUUAACAAUUAAAUUGUUAAUAUUCUUGUCUUAGUUUAAACAUAUUUAUUUUACAACGAUUGUGAAACAAGUUAUUACAACAUUAUAUUAAUCACUCUCGUUGGCACGAUUUAACGCGAGAGUGUGGUCUUGUGUUGUGGGGGAAACCGGAGAACCCGGAGGAAACCCACUUGUCCGGCUUGGUGACCACAAACCAAACUCACAUGCAGUAAUGGAUUGUGAGCAAAGUGAUUAAAAUUGUUGUCUUCUGCAUAUUCUUGUCUAACGGUAUUAUAAUAGCAAACACUUGACCGACCGUUUCAUAAAACAGAUGCAUUACUUCCUUACUAGGUAAUUGUUAGAUGACAUGAAUUAAAAUCUUAAUGAUUAAGAAGGGGUGAAAUGAGCGUAGCAAACGAGCCCUUCUUAAUCAUUUAACUUCUAAUUCAGGUCAUCUAACAUCUAAGGACAUCUAACAAUUACAUAGUAGGGAAGCAAUACAAUGACAUUGGCUAACACAUUGUCAAUGCAAAAUCGGACGCAGGGAUUGUGUAUCGAGUGAGUAGAAGUGGACGGACCUUUAAUCACCCGCGGAAGUUCUUAUAUCUUAAUAAUUAAGCCUAAUACUUAAUGAGCGCCUGCCAUUUGAUUGGAUGUAAAUGUAGGUUGUGUUCUAAAUAAAGAAAUACUUAUUUGAACAUCUGAUACCAUAACUUAAAAACGACAUCGGAACUGACUCAGUUAGCCAAAUAUUUAGUAAACAAGAUUUGACGUCAGUCUGUCAGCGUUUGUUUGACGCCAGUCUGUGGAGGUGUGCGACGUAGUAGACUGAGUCCAAUCUCAGUUGACGUCCGUGUGUGUUUCAUCACAUGGAUGCCAGUUUGGCAAUGCGAAUUGGAUUUUUUGACGUCAGUUCUGUCGAGGUGAGCGACGUCAUAGAGUGAGACCAAUCUUAGCCGACGUCGUUUAUGUCUGAGCGUGAUGCUAGUUUGGCAAUGCGAUUCGGAUGAAUAACACACCAAACAUGGCUGAUGGCGGAUCUCUUCAGCGGGAAAUUUAUAGUCGUGAAGAAUCGCAGAAGGACAACACUAAGGAUGGAACAAACGUCAUCGGCAAUAGUACAGACACAAUGAACGGUGACGCUGACGACGCGACUGCGCUGGACCCUGGUAGCGACAUCCGGUUGGAGGACGUCGAGAGUAUGGAUCUGGGAGAUGUCUUCGACUUCCUGGAGGCCCGAGAGGUGCCGUGUCCGGACGUGGUGGAUCUGAAGGAGAUGCACGAUCUUGUCCGACGGACCCUAAGACAGGAGGCGGACAAUGCACCGUCUUGCCCAGCCGCCGGCGCCGAUGAUGGCAGGGACGGUCACCUAGCCGAGGCACUGACUAAGGACACUGUGAUGAAACAAGAGCUGGCGGAGAUAUACGACCGUGUGAUUCCAUUUAUACGGACGGGCCUCAAUGCUGAUCUACGGGAUCCCCUUAUCAAGCUGUACGGAACGAACUUUGAGGCCCGUCUGGAGCAGAACCGGAGAGAGCUGGUGAAUGGAGACUGUCCAAUCGUUGUAGCGGGGGAGACAAGCGCGGGUAAGAGCAGCCUACUGAACUUGCUGUUGGGGACGGACAUCCUGCCACACUCCCUUCUUUCCUCCACCUCCACCAUCUGCUGCCUCCACAACAUCCGCAGCACGGAUCGCCGCCGCUUUGUCGUCUACCCGGAGGGUGGCGGCGCGAGUGUGUGUCACAAUAUUGAGGAGGGCCGCGAGAAGGAAGCGCUGGAGAAGCUGAAGGUCGCCGUCAGCGAGAACAGGAGCAACCCUGGGGAUUAUUGCUCCCAAGUCGAUAUAUACUGGCCCAUACCACUCUUAGGGGAGAAUACCCAGGUGACGAUCGUGGACACCCCGGGAGUGGGAGAAAGUGGCAAUAUGACUAGCCGCCUCUUCCGGUACCUACCAAACGCAAUUGCGUUCAUCUACGUUCUCAACAGCGCGAACGCCGGUGGAAUACAGGAAGAUAAGCUGAUAGAGAUCGUUCGAGAACAGCAGAGGGACGCUAAGAGGGGUGGCAUGUCGGGGUUUGACCCGGCUUGUACGAUGUUUGUUUGUAACAAGUGGGACAUUGUCGAGGACAGGGAAGGGAGACAACCGGGGACGGAGAACAAGGUCUGGGAAGACACGCUGGAUAAGCUGGAAAAAUAUUUCCCGAACUACAACCGGAACCACGUGUACAAAAUGUACACCACACAGGCCCGGCGAUACCAGGCUAACAAAAUGGGUCGGACGGAAAAACUGAAACGCUUGAUGGAAGGAUUUGAACAACUCGUGCCUGCCAGCCUGCUCGGGAAAAUCACAAAACACUACAGAUGGCUUGACAAGCUUUUGGAGCGUCUGCAAUCGUUUGUGGCGACCCGGAUCAACCGCGCACGUGACUCAGAUGAGGAGAAGCAGCGCCUGCACGACACUGUCACCAAGCGACUCAAUACACUGAGCAUGGACGCCGGAAAGGUGAAGGACAGCCUUAUGAAGAGGGCGCGAGAGGCUUGCGAGGAUAUGUCGCGCCUUUUGCACGGACACCUCAACACACCGGAAGUGCAGGACCAGCUGAAACACUGGACGGACCUGGAGGCGCCCUCACUCGAGGCGGACGACUUUGAGGCCACACGUUUUAAAGGCGACAAUGCCAUAAUGGAGCGGAUUCGCGGAAAGAUUCGCGACUGGGGGCACGAGACAGGGCACGUGAGGCACGCGCUGGAGGACCUAACGCGCCGCUUCCGGGAGAAGUGUCGGCUACUUUCCGAGGAGACGAAAAAACUCGAGGUCAUCAUUGAAGGCGAUCCGCUAGGGGACGAUGUCGCGUUUCCGCUAGGAAGAAAAUCAGUGGCUGUAGAGGACACACAGUUGUUUUCCAAAAGCGAGAAGAUUAUCCUGGUGGUGGCGGCGCCGCUCUGGGUUCCCAUAGUGACGGCGGCGUCUCUCCUUUUUCUUCCGGUCGGUGUUGGGAUGCUUAUCCGUGAGAGCAUAAAGGUGAAGUCGCAGCGGGUGGCAUACGAGGCGGACAAAGCCGGAAGUAUGCGGAAAUGGACGGAACUGAUUAUGUCCGCCAUGUUUACCCGAGAAAAUAUUAAGGAGUUCAUUUUUGAGACAUACUUUAACAUGUUCGAAAUGAAAAUCAAUGAGUUGUGUGAUAAAAAGAUUCCGGAUUUGAUCGCGGCAGAUCGAGAACAAGUGAGGAACAUACAAAAAGACAGACGAACUGCUAAGGAAAUUUUGGAUGACUUUAAACCGGUGCAAGAAAAGCUGAUGACAAUACUGGGACAUCUGAGGUUGUAUGAACUACGUCACGUGGCCACUGACGUCAUCGAUGUGACUCAACUGCGACGAGAGAGGGAGGCCGGGAGCGGAAACUUUUCGACGGUGUAUAAGGCGCGCUUGGAACUGCCUGGGGAGGGAGGGAGUCGCGUGGUGGCGCUUAAGGUGCUCAAACGGCGGCUGGACGGGGAAGAAAUGUACACACAGUUGACGGAAGUUGAAAGCCUAAGGCGGCUAAAACACGAAAAUAUCGUGGAGCUGAUGGGUGUUUGUUACUCGGAUUUGCUGCCGCCGUUUGGUGCCCAGGGGGAACCCGAGCCCCAGAGUGCUCCUAAACUCAUGAUGGUACUUGAGCACUGCGACACCAGCCUAGAGACACUGGUCUUUGAUAAUGAAGAUCUCAAGUGCGGGUCCCAGUCGGACAACCGGCGUAAAGAUGCCCUUGCAUUCUACCAGCGGACAGCAGCAGGUAUUUGUGAGGGCCUCACCUACAUCCAUGACAAGAAGUAUGCGCAUAGAGAUCUCAAACUCUCAAACGUCCUGAUGAAAGGGCACAUAGCCAAGUUAUGUGACCUGGGAUUCGCGAGGCAGGAAGUAGACAUCACAGGGACGUUCGUGGGCACCAUGUCGCACAUGUCGCCGGAAAUGCUCUCCAACAAGCGGUACACAUACAAGACAGACAUUUACAGCCUCGGGAUUCUCCUCUGGGAGCUAUGGUACGGCCGUUAUGUGUACUCUGAGGACGAAUACCGUACCAUACAUUGGACUGUUCUUAUUGAUGCUAUCAAAGCAGGGACCAGGCCUAGAUGCGACAAGAAAUACGCUAUGGUGGAUAGUCUUAGAGAAAUAGUUGAAAAAUGCUGGGAUAAUGAUCCAACAAUUCGUCCUGAAGCAAGGGAUGUUGCGGUUAUAAUCAAUGCUUUGUAGAAAAAACAACAUUACGGCAUUAUGCUUAUAAUAAAAGUUUUUUGGAAUAAACAUUUCGCUUAUAAUUAUGGUUUUUUAAGAAGAAAACACAUUUUGCCUUUAUGCUAAUGAUAUAGGUUUUGUUAGACUAAACAACUUGACGGCAUAACGCUUAUUAUCAAGGCUUUGUAAGAAGGAACAAGUUUACGGUAUUACGCUUAUUAUCAAGGCAUUGUAAGAAGGAACAACUUGACGGCAUAACGCUUAUUAUCAAGGCUUUGUAAGAAGGAACAAGUUUACGGUAUUACGCUUAUUAUCAAGGCUUUGUAAGAAGGAACAAGUUUACGGUAUUACACUUAUUAUCAAGGCUUUGUGAGAAGGAACAACUUUACGGCAUUACGCUUAUUAUCAAAGCUUUAUAAGAAGGAACAACUUUACGGCAUUACGCUUAUCAUCAAGGCUUUAUAAGAAGGAACAACUUAAUGGCAUUACGCUUAUCAUCAAGGCUUUAUAAGAAGGAACAACUUUACGGCAUUACGCUUAUCAUCAAGGCUUUAUAAGAAGGAACAACUUUACGGCAUUACGCUUAUCAUCAAGGCUUUAUAAGAAAGAACAACUUAAUGGCAUUACGCUUAUCAUCAAGGCUUUAUAAGAAGGAACAACUUUACGGCAUUAUGCUUAUCAUCAAGGCUUUAUAAGAAGGAACAACUUUACGGCAUUACGCUUAUCAUCAAGGCUUUAUAAGAAGGAACAACUUAAUGGCAUUACGCUUAUCAUCAAGGCUUUAUCAAGGCUUUAUAAGAAGGAACAACUUUACGGCAUUACGCUUAUCAUCAAGGCUUUAUAAGAAGGAACAACUUAACGGCAUUACGCUUAUCAUCAAGGCUUUAUCAAGGCUUUAUAAGAAGGAACACCUUUAUGGCAUUACGCUUAUCAUCAAGGCUUUGUAAGAAGGAACAACUUUGUGACAUUACCUUAUCAUCAAGGCUUUGUAAGAAGGAACAACUUUACGGCAUCACGCUUAUUAUCUAGGCAUUGUAAGAAGGAACAACUUGACAGCAUUACGCUUAUUAUCUAGGCAUUGUAAGAAGGAACAAAUUUACGGUAUUACGCUUAUUAUCAAGGCUUUGUAAGAAGGAACAACUUUGUGACAUUACCUUAUCAUCAAGGCUUUGUAAGAAGGAACAACUUUAUGACAUUACGCUUAUCAUCAAGGCUUUAUAAGAAGGAACACCUUUAUGGCAUUACGCUUAUUAUCAAGGCUUUGUAAGAAGGAACAACUUUGUGACAUUACCUUAUCAUCAAGGCUUUGUAAGAAGGAACAACUUUAUGACAUUACGCUUAUCAUCAAGGCUUUAUAAGAAGGAACAACUUUAUGGCAUUACGCUUAUCAUCAAGGCUUUAUAAGAAGGAACAACUUUAUGACAUUACGCUUAUUAUCAAGGCUUUAUAAGAAGGAACAACUUUAUGGCAUUACGCUUAUCAUCAAGGCUUUAUAAGAAGGAACAACUUUAUGACAUUACGCUUAUUAUCAAGGCUUUGUAAGAAGGAACAACUUUAUGGCAUUACGCUUAUUAUCAAGGCUUUUUAUAAAGGAACAACUUUAUGGCAUUACGCUUAUCAUCAAGGCUUUAUAAGAAGGAACAACUUUAUGACAUUACGCUUAUUAUCAAGGCCUUGUAAGAAGGAACAACUUUAUGGCAUUACGCUUAUUAUCAAGGCUUUGUAUAAAGGAACAAGUUUAUGGCAUUAAGCUUAUGGUAUUACGCUUAUUAUCAAGGCUUUGUAAGAAGGAACAACUUUACAGCAUUACGCUUAUUAUCAAGGCUUUGUAAGAAGGAACAACUUUAUGACAUUGCGCUUAUUAUGAAGGCUUUGUAUAAAGGAACAACUUUAUGGCAUUAUGCUUAUUAUCAAGGCUUUGUAAGAAGGAACAACUUUACAGCAUUAGGCUUAUUAUCAAGGCUUUGUAAAAAGGAACAUCUUAAUGGAAUUAACAUGUGACAGAAAAAUGCUAAUCAUCAAAGGCUGGACAUUGUAAUUUACUGUAUUUGCUUUGUGCCAUGCACGAUUUUUACUCUGUGAUACAAUAUACUAGUUAUCGGUACAUGUGCGGGAACACACACACAUACAUAUGUUCACACAUUAUGUUUACCCACAUAAAUAUAUAUGUUCACACACAUACCAGUAAAAUAUUCACAUACUAUGUUCACACACAUAAAAAUGUUCACACACAUAAAAAUGUUCACACACAUACAAAUAUGUUUGUUCACACACAUAAAUACUCACUACAAUGUACAUGUGUAUGUACACACAUAUAAAUAUGUUCACACACAUACAAGUAAAUAUAAUUACACACAGAAUUGUGUAAUAUGAAAAGUAUGAGACAUCAAUUCGAAGGCUUAUUAUACGAUGUACAAUACUUAACUCAUGUUUUUUAUUUGGAGGAAUGUCAAUCUGGUCUGGGCCCUCAAAUUAACAUGGCGCAAAUAGGAGCCUUUUAAUGCCUGGCUGAUCAGAGGUGGUCAAACUUAAUCCACUGGCCCCAAUUUCUUGAAAUUUCUUAUGGGUAACAUGCUUAAGAAGCUUAAUUUAUUAAGCCAAAUUUCUAAGUCGAAUCGUGAUUUUACUUAAUGAAAAAUAACUUAUUGUGAUGAGCAUACAGACAAUUUUCUUUUGAAAAAAAAGCCUUAAGUAUGUUAAUAAGGCACAGAUCAUACCAAAACAAAAAUAGUGAGCUUGGCUCUUCCUAUUAAAAGGGACUUAAGAUGUUUGGAGAAAUUGGGGC